AACAAAAAAUUUUUUAUUUUCAAAAUUUCUAUAAGGCUAUAGAAAAUAAAUGAUCAUAUUGCUAAUUUUUUUCUCGAAAAGAUUCAGAAUAUGAAAAAGACAGCGUUCUAUGCAUGUGUCAAGUAAAUACGUUUUAGUUCGAUUGAAAAAUGUCAUCUAGAGAUAAAGAUAACAAAAGUUUUCAGGAUAAAUUUAAGCAGUUUUUUCGUCGAAAUCAAGGCACUAGAAGCAGAGGUUCAUUCGAACUCAGUGAUGAUAUUCUCAGAGAUAUUGGAAAAGAAACUCCCAUAUCCCAGAGAAUCAAGAGGUUGAAGGAUCUAACUGAACGAGUGUCAUGUAGCAACUUGGACACUGAUACCAUUUCCAAAUUAUGGAAGAGUAUAGAGGAUAUAUUCUCUAUUGAAAAUCUUGAAUUGAGAAACACAGGUUUUGUGUUUCUCAUAAAUUUGUUGAAACGUCAAAAUGAAGAACUUAAGAUUUCUAGGGCUGAAUUCUUUCGUUUCAUUAGAACUCACAAUAAUCCUCAAGAUGUUGGACACAGACUUCAACUUUUGGUUGCUUUGACAAAUAAUGGCAAAAAUGUACAACAUUUUGAAGAAGAUAUUGGUCCAUUCCUUUUGGGAUGGUAUUCUGAAAUUCAACAUAUAAAUAAUGUAGUGGAAUAUUUAGAAUUGAUAUUAAACAUCAUCAAAUUCAAUGCAGUAUGCUUAAAUAGCUUCAUACUUUCUGGGCUUGUUGAUCUUAUAUGUAUAUUAUGCUGCGAGACAUAUGAACAAAGAACAAUUAGCAGUUGUCUACAAAUAUUGGAGACUGUCAUAGCCUACAGCAAUAUGCCAGCAGAUGCAUUACCAAGAUUGAUUGGUGCUUUAUGCCGAACAGUUAAUAAUGAAGUUUUCUGUCAAGAAAGUUGGAAGGUUGGAAAAAACUUGUUAGGAACACACAUGGGACAUGCUUCAAUGUAUACAUUAUGCUUGAUUCUUGGGGAACAAGGUCUGAAGAGUCAAAUUUAUUUAUUGCGAGGCGCUGUAUUUUUCAUACAUAUGUCCUUGUGGAGCUCUAAGCCGGUAGCUAAUUUAUGUGUGCCUCCCAGUGCUGUUUUACCUUCAUUACUUGAGGCAGUUAAGACCAAUCAUCCUUUGAUAUGCUAUGAAGUUAUUUUGGGAAUGCAUGCUCUUGUACAGAAACUAGGAUUUGAUUUAUCGAAGCCAGCAUGGAAUACUGUUCUAGAAAUUAUCAAGCAUGUUCAUAACACUGUGGAAACUAAUAUGGGUCAACAGACCAGCAAUUUAAUUGUGACACCAAUGCAUGAAACCCUGAAUAUGAUAGAGAGCCUGAUCGAUACAGGCUUCUUUGGUGGUUCACUUGAGCAAUAUUUCGACAUAAUAAAAAAUUGUGCUAAUAGUCGCCCGGAAAGAAGUGUAUUGCGAUUGAUUGAAUACAUGUCCAGGGACAUUAUUUCGACAGAACAAUGUUGGCUCACUAACCUGAACCAUUUAUUGAAUAAAUUCUUUAAGUCUGAUGAGAUAAGAACUGACAUUAGGUUGGCAGCAUUGAAUGUUCUUUCUGGAGUUGCACACUUAAAUAGGAGAAAUUAUGAGGAAGAGUUGAUCGAUAACAUUGUCAUUCCCCAUUGUACUAACAUAGUUAAUGAUUCAAAUAUCUCAGUGAGAUCAGCUGUGGUUAAAUGUUUACUAAGCUUAUGUGUCGCUUGCGAGACCAAAAGGUGUGUGGAAAUGUUGGAUAUUCUAGAGAAAUUGAUGUUUCGUCCAUUUGAAGUUUAUGUCGACCACAGUCCAGCAGAAGCUGAUCUCGAAGACAUUUUGUGCCUAGUGGAAGGGUUGAUUGAAGUAUUCAUCUACAAAUUGGAGCGUUUGCCUUCUAACCACGCUGUGCGAAUAUAUAAAAUAUUAGUGCUUUUCUUAGAAACCCACUAUAAGAGGCCUUCUGUCUUUGCGAAUUGUUACAGAGUUAGAUAUCUGAUUUUCGAAUGUUUCUUGAGAAUGAGGGCAGAUGACCAAUAUCGCCUGGGUUAUUUGAAAGAUGAAAAAAAUAUUAAUUAUAGCCCAUAUUUGUGCGUAACUAGUCGUUCCAUGGAUAAGCCAAUUGGUUCACCUCUUCCCCAGUCACCGGCAAUAGGACAACAUGGUCUUCAGUUCAAUAUUACAUACGUUUCCAUCAAACGAGCUUUCAGAGUAUUCAUUAGCUGUUUAGAACGUGAAAGAGACUGGAAUGUUUUAAGAUUAGUUCUCCAGGAGCUACCUAAAGUGAUGAGAAAUAAAACUCUGAUUCUUUCAAAGCAUGGUAAUAUUCAACUGGACUUACUGGUAGAUGUUUUGAGCCCAUCGAUCCUGGACAAGCAGUUCUCUUUACCGGAUCAUUUCAAUAAAAUAGUGAACCGUCACGAGUAUCUCCACUUGUAUUUCAUGGUCUUGGUGACCUUACCUUCUUACCAUGCUUGCUUGGAUCAGAAGCAUCAGCAGUUUCUUGUGAGGUGUCUGUCCCGUAGCAUUGGAAAUUCCUUGCGUACCAGUCCACAGCAACUCAUUGAAGCCUUGACGAUUUGUUGCCUAGAAAUGAGAGACGUAAUGAUCAAAAUGCUGCCAGAGAUACUUUUGACAGUAUCUAAAAUUUCUCCAACUGUUGUUAUAGCGAUACCUGUUUUGGAAUUUUUAUCCACCCUUACCCAGCUGCCUAUGGUUUAUGCAAGUUUUGUGGAUAAGCAGUAUUUGUCUAUCUUCGCAAUAACGUCCCCAUUCACCAAUCCGUUCAAGUACAACCACUACACCGUAUCUCUGGCACAUUAUGUCAUAGGAGUAUGGUUCUUGAAAUGCAGAUUGCCCAUCCGAAUAAAUUCCGUGGCAUUUAUAACCAGUGCUCUUCAAACCAAUGUUUUAACUCCUUUCGAAGAAAGAAAUUUCUUCAAUAAGGUAGACCUGAGUAAGCUCAAUCUAGACAGUUCUGACAGGAAGAGAAGCUCGAGUUUAACAGAACAAGGUCCUCGUAGAAGAGCGGCUACAGUAUCUGGAGGUUCAGGUACCGCUGCAGGAUCUCAAGAGAAUAAGGGUGAAUUACUGAUGAAUAAGGGUCCAGUACCUCUAGCAAUACCUUUGACUGCUGCCAACGCGUCUGUGUUGACAUUUUAUGAAGAACUCACUGAAACAUGCAUUGACCUUAUGGCCAGAUAUGCAUUUUCACCUUCUAGUGCAUUGCCCAGACGUACGCCCACUGCUGAAUUCCUCCUGAAUGGCGGUCAAAGUAUGAGCUGGCUUCUUGGCAAUAAACUAGUCACAAUAACUACCAGUGGUUGUUCCCAAAAAGUCCUGAAACACGGACUUUGCGACAAAUGUUGGCACGCAUGUUCCCACGAACGUCAAGGGCAAAAAUCAGCCAGAAGCAGCAUCGAAAACGCAGAUGCUGCUCUGUUGACCCGCCAGAAUUCCAAUGAGAAAAUCAACCCCGAUUCUCCGGUGGACGAGAAAAUCGACGAAGAAAAGAAGGAGGACGUUCAAAAGAAGUUGGAGCAAAUGGUUACGGCUUACCCCGAUAAAUAUGAGAAGCCCUUAUGUUCCUGUUGGUGUCAAGCUUGGGCGGAAAUAUAUGUUCGAAGACCUACAGGUGACAUGUCAUGGGUGAUGAGGAUACAAAAUACCAUAUCCUCCAAAUCUUCAAUAAAUGAAUUUCCUCUCAAAGAGUUAACUCACUUAUUCAUGCCAUCUACAACCAGUGGCUCUGGAAACGAUCAUAGUUCCACAGGAUCUCGAAACAACUCUGCCCCAGAUACUGCACUAGAAAUCGUAUCUGCAGAAAAGGAAAAAGAUAUUGAUUCUUCAAACUUGCAUAUUCGUCUUCCUGGUUCCAGUUCAAGGAAUUCGCCGUCUCGACAAAGUUCUCGAGACAGCGGCGACGAGGACAUGGAAUACAUCUAUGACGAUGGAACAAAAACGAGGAAUCCGGUACGAAGGUCCAACUCCAGUCCGGAAAUGUCCAACUGGAAAAAUCCGUUCAUGCACCCCAAGCAUGACGACGAAAAAAGUCUAGAGGACGACGGUAGCAAAAAAGGAAAAUUAUAUUCGAAGGAUAUGAGAGUGAGUUGCGAAGCUAUUCCAGAGGAAAUGGCUGGUACAACCCCUCCAUCAAACGAAGCUCUGCCCCUGACCGACUUUUCAUUACCUGGGAGUAAAAAAUCAAACCCGACUCACCCCUCUCUCCUGAGUUGCCAUAGUUACCCAGGGUCUUCUCCUCCAGGCGAAAGUGGCAUCACACCUAAACCAUCUCAGUCGGUACCUCCCACCCCUAAUGUGACGACUUCUAUCAGUCAUCCGACUUUGCAGAGAGGAAAUUUGUCGAAGAACUCUUCUAGCGAUCUGUCUAUGGAAAGUAAUAAAUCGAGUAAGGAAAUGGACAAGGCAGCUCUAUCGGCGCAUUCGAAAUUUCAAUCUGUGACGUCUAAGCCACCGCAAAGUCCCACCCAAACUUCAUCCAAAGUUUGGAUCUUGAAAGAUAAAGAAGGAAACGAGAUCCAAAAGAGCGCUUCGGCCUCUGUUCUCGAUAGGAAUUCGUCUGGCAAUAGGGAUACAAGUAGAGACCGCAAAAGCACCGGCAACAUCGAUAAACUUAGCGAUUUCGAUCCGCAGAAGAGGGACAGAACGCACACCGUGGCCGGUACGAGCCACGGCGUCAGAAAACCCAGAAGCGAGCAGCUCAAACAGCUGACGAGACCGAGGGAAGCGCCAAAAAGCGGUAUCAAUCCGAGUUUUAUAUUCUUGCAGAUUUAUCAGAAGGUCGAUUUUGCGGAUUCCAAAGAGAGGCCUAUUCUUAUUGGAACAGAUGAGCCUAUAAGGAGAGCAAUCUCCAAUCUGGAUCGUAUUCCUCCGUAUGAGACUCAUAAGAUUGGAGUGAUUUAUAUUCGAGAAGGGCAGGCGAACAAGGAGAGUGAAAUAUUGAGAAACACCUUCGGUUCCAUUAGGUAUGGGGAAUUUCUUCGUAAGUUGGGCACAUUGUUCAAACUUCAAGAUGUAGACCCCCAACUCCAUUUUCUGGGAGGAUUAUCACAAAACGGAGACGAUGGCAAGUUCAGUUACAUGUGGCAGGACGAUUUGGUCAAAAUGAUUUUCCAUGUAGCUACUUUGAUGCCUAAUAAAGAGUCUGAUCCGAAUUGUUAUUCAAAGAAAUUGCAUAUCGGUAACGAUAAUGUUACCAUUGUUUAUAACGAGAGUGGGGAAGAGUAUAAUAUGAGUACAAUUAGGAGUCAAUUUAAUUUUGCAUCUGUAAUUAUACAACCAAUGGAUCAAAAUUUAAACAGGGUCACAGUGAAAUGUAAAGAAGAAUUAAUCAAUUUAAUGGGAGCUGGUUGUCAAGAGACCAAGAUUGUGUCAGAUCAAAGUGUUGCAAUACUUGCCAGACAGUUGGCACUCCAUGCUAAUUUGGCUUCUUUAGUACAUGGAUCGCUCCAUACAAAUUCCCAAAGUCCUUAUGCUUCCAAUUGGCUGGAAAGACUCAGACAAAUCAAGAAAAUUAGGACUAGAGUAAUUGAGGCAAUGGACUCCCCUCCUCCAGCUGAUAGUUUGAAUUCUAACUCGAAAUCCAGACAAAAGCAGAUGGAAGAUUUUACCGAAUAUACAUAGGAUGUGUUCAUGUUCAAAAUAUUUAUAACUAUUUUUUUUUUAUAAAAAAACUUUCAACCAUUAAUGAAAAUGGUCAAAGUAAGAUAUUUUCACAAUAAUUGAUUUGAAACUUCAUGGAAGGUUUAAAAUAUGUAUUAGUUUUUCUGAAAUAAAUUUUAUUGCAAUUAAUCAAAA